CUAGGAAAUAGCAUCUACCUGAUCCUAAUAUCCUGAACAGAGUCCGGAAUCCUCUCUGCACACAGGGUUAUCUCUGCUGUCCGGGUCUAUAAUAUGGAAUCUUUACAGGAAAGUUCUGGAGGAACAAUGAGUGGACUAGAAAACCCCAUAUCAGAGAAUGGAAAGAAGCAAUUUUCAUGUCUGGAAUGUGGGAAGUGUUUUAGGAAUAAACCCCAUCUCGCGGAACAUAUGAGAACUCACACAGAGGAGAAACCAUUUUCAUGCCCAGAAUGUGCGAAGUGUUUUAGUAAUAAAUCAUAUCUUGUAAAACAUAUGAAAACUCACACAGGAGAGAAGCCAUUUUCCUGUCCAGAAUGUGUGAAAUGUUUUAGUAAUAAAUCAAAUCUUGUGGGUCAUAUGAGAACUCACACAGGAGAGAAGCCCUUUUCAUGUCCGGAAUGUGUGAAGAGUUUUAGUCAGAAAUCACAUCUUGUGGAACAUAUGAAAACUCACACAGAGGAGAAACCAUUUUCAUGCCCAGAAUGUGUGAAGUGUUUUAGUCAUAAAUCAAGUCUUGUGGAUCAUAUGAGAACUCACACAGGAGAGAAGCCAUUUUCAUGUCCAGAAUGUGUGAAGAGUUUUAGGAAAAAAUCACAUCUUCUUAAACAUCUGAAAACUCACACAGAAGAGAAACCAUUUUCAUGUCCAGAAUGUGUGAAAUGUUUUAGAAUUAAAGCAACUCUUGUGGAACACAUGAAAACUCACACAGGGGAGAAGCGAUUUUCAUGUCCAGAAUGUGCAAAGUGUUUUAGUCAAAAAUCAAGUCUUGUUUAUCAUAUGAGAACUCACACAGGAGAGAAGCCAUUUUCAUGUCCAGAAUGUGUGAAGAGUUUUAGACACAAAACAAAACUUGUGCAUCAUAUGAGAACUCACACAGGAGAGAAACUAUUUUCAUGUCCAGAAUGUGUGAAGAGUUUUAGUCAUAAAUCAAGUCUUGUGGAUCAUAUGAGAACUCACACAGGAGAGAAGCCAUUUUCAUGUCCAGAAUGUCUGAAGAGUUUUAGCAAAAAAUCACAUCUUGUAAAACAUCUGAGAACUCACACAGGGGAGAAGCCAUUUUCAUGUCCGGAAUGUGUGAAAUGUUUUAGUCAGAAAACAAAUCUUGUAAAACAUCUGAAAACUCACACAGGAGAGAGACCAUUUUCAUGUCCGGAAUGUGUGAAAUGUUUUAGAAUUAAAGCAACUCUUGUGGAACAUCUGAAAACUCACACAGGAGAGAAGCCAUUUUCAUGUCCGCAAUGUGCAAAGUGUUUUAGUCAAAAAUCAAGUCUUGUGCAUCAUAUGAGAACUCACACAGGAGAGAAGCCAUUUUCAUGUCCGUAAUGUGUGAAGAGUUUUAGUCAUAACUCAAGGCUUGUAAAACAUCUGAGAACUCACACAGAAGAGAAACCGUUGUCAUAUACAGUAUAUGGCUAAUGUUUUAACCAAAACUCAAAUUCAUAUGUAUACAUGAGGACAAACAUAAAGAAGAAGUCAUAGCCAUGUUCAGAAUGUGGAAAAUGUAUUAGUAAGACAUCUUGUUAACCCCUUAACGACCACGGACGUAAAUGUACGUCCUGGUUUGGCGGGACUUCACGCACCAGGACGUACAUUUACGUCCUGUGUAUGACCGCGAGCAUCGGAACAGUGCUCUCGUCAUACACGGCAGGUUCCAGCUGCUAGUAGCAGCUGGGGACCCGUCGGUAAUAGCUGACAUCCGCGAUCGCGCGGAUGUCCGUCAUUAACCCCUCAGAUGCCGUGAUCAAUACAGAUCACGGCAUCUGAGGCAGUGCGAUACUUUGAAUGGAUAAUCGGAUCGCCUGCAGCAUUGCCGCGGCGAUCCGAUCAUCCAGCAUGGCGGCUGGAGGUCCCCUCACCUGGCUCAGGCCGUCUCCCGGGGUCUUCUGCUCUGGUCUGAGAUCGAGCAGACCAGAGCAGAAGAUCACCCAUAAUGCUGAUCAGUGCUAUGUCCUAUACAUAGCACUAAACAGUAUUAACAAUCAAAGGAUUGCUAUAGAUAGUUCCCUAUGGGGACAUAAAAAGUGUAAAAAAAAAAUAAAGUUGAAAAAUGUAAAAAUAAAAAGUAAAAAAAAGUGAAAAAUCCCCUCCCCCAAUAAAAAUGAAAAUUGUCCGUUUUUCCCAUUUUACCCCCAAAAAGCUUAAUUUUUUUCUAUAAACAUAUUUGGUAUCGCCGCAUGCAUAAAUGUCCGUACUAUCAAAAUAUAAUUUAAUUAUCUCGUACGGUGAAUGGCGUUAACGUAAAAAAAUUUAAAAUCCAAAAAUGCUGCUUUUUUUGUCACAUUUUAUUAAUAAAAAAUGAUCUAAAAGUUUUAUAUAUGCAAAUGUGGUAUCGAUAAAAAGUACAGGUGACGGCGCAAAAAAUGAGCCCUCAUACUGCCCUAAAUAUGGAAAAAUUUAAAAGUUAUGGGUGGUCAAAAUAGGGCAAUUUUAGAUUACUGAUUUUGUACAAAAAGUUUUAUACAAAAAUAUAAAAGUAUCUGGCCAUGGGUAUCAUUUUAAUCGUAGUGACCCACAGAAUAAAGAACACAUGUCAUUUUUACCAUAAAGUGUACACUGUGAAAACACUAUACACCUACAAAAUGUGCAAAAGUUUGGUUUUCAUUUAAAUUUCCGCCCUAAAAAAAAUUUGUUUUGGGUUCGUCGUACAUUUCAUGGUAAAAUUAGAGGUUUCUUUACAAAGUACAAUUGGUCCCACAAAAAACAAGCCCUUAAAAGGGUCUGUAGAUGGAAAUAUAAAGGAGUUAUGGAUUUUAGAAGGCGAGGAGGAAAAAAUUAAAACGCUAAAAUAAAAUUGACCUGGUCCUUAAGGUGAAAAUGGGCUUGGUCCCUAAGGGGUUAAACAUCUGAGAACACACACAGGGGAGAAGCGAUUUUUAUGUUCAAAAUGUGAAAAAUAUUUUCCAAAAUGAAAUAUUGUACAAAACAAAUGGAGAAAAAAACGGAUAUAUUAAAAUGCAGUGCACACCUAUCAGUAACUACAAUAUUGGCCCAGAUUUAUCAAACUGUGUGAGAGAAAAAAGUAGAGUUAUUUUCCCACAGCAGCCAAUCACAGCUCAGCUUUCACUUUACCAGAGCUUGUUAGCUCAUCUGUGAUUGGUUGCUGUGGGAAAAUAACUCUACUUUUUUCUCUCACACAGUUUGAUAAAUCUGGGUCAUUGUGUAUAAAAUAUGAAUCUUUAUUAGCAGAAGAUAUAAGAAAAUACACGGAUACAAAAAGACACUGUACAAUUAAAAACAAGUAAAAUUGCUCUAACCAGAGCAACCUACAAAAACAUGAGGGGAGGAUAUAACCACCUCAAGAGGGCACAUGUAUAUAAAUGGUGGGUAGACAGUCCUUCUAGAGCCCCAACCUCAUGUGUAAACCAUAUACAGUGUUCCCUCAACAUACGAUGGUAAUUCGUUCCAAACGAGCCAUCGUUUGUCGAAUCCAUCGUAUGUUGAGGGAUUCGUGCAAUGUAAAGUAUAGGAAGCUGUACUUACCUGUCCCCGCCGCUCUGGACCGCAUCCCGCCGCUGUCUUCGGCCUCCGCUGGGCUCUCCUGGUCUUCUCCGGUCCUCCGCUGUCUUCUCCGGUCCUCCGCUGUCUUCUCCGGUCCUCCGCUGUCUUCUCCGGUCCUCCGCUGUCUUCUCCGGUCCUCCGCUGUCUUCUCCGGUCCUCCGCUGUCUUCUCCCGUCCUCCGCUGUCUUCUCCGGUCCUCCGCUGUCUUCUCCCGUCCUCCGCUGUCUUCUCCGGUCCUCCGCUGUCUUCUCCGGUCCUCCGCUGUCUUCCGCAAGGCCUUACUGGGCCUAUGUAGCGACGUCAUUACCUCGCUACGUACUCCGUUCCUGUUGGAUGACGGGACGGCGGUCGCAGCUUCGUAUUGACGUCACCGGAAAGGGCCGAGAAGACACCGGAGGACCAGCGCUGGACCCGAAGGGCACCCCGGAGCAUCGUGGAGGGGUAAGUAAUACUCACCGCACCACACGGGGAACAUUAACCCCUUCAUGACCCUACCCAUUUUCACCUUCAUGACCUGGGCAUUUUUUGAACAUCUGACCACUGUUACUUUAAACAUUAAUAACUCUGGAAUUCUUUUACUUAUUCUGAUUCCGAUAUUGUUUUUUCGUGACAUAUUCUAAUUUAUGUUAUUAGUAAAAUUUCACUGAUAUUUGCAUCAUUUCUUGGUAAAAAAUCUAAAAAUUUCAUGAAAACUUUGAAAAUUUUGCAUUUUUCUAA